CCCGGAAGACCUUCUCUGUCCGGCUCAUUGAACUGAAAUCUGUACCAGGUUCCAUAACGAAGACAAUGCUGAGAAUAUUUGCAGUUCGUGUACAUCAUAACAGUUCGCAUUUCAGAAAAUUCGCAACUAACAAGCAGACAGUAAUGGAAAACGAUAAAAACAAAACUGGGUCUAUUCAUUCGGAUAACAUUGAAGAAAUCCACAACGUCCCAAUAGAUGUUAUUAUUCGACCAAUUCCUCCAGUACUUGAUGAGCAGAAAGUUCGAAGCCUGGUGAAUACUAUACAGGACCCGGCAGACGUCACCAGUGUCCCCCCUAUCGACGUGCUGUGGAUCACAGGGAAGCAAGGUGGUAAUUACUACUACUCUUUCGGUGGCUGCCACCGCUUCGCAGCCUACCAGAAGAUAAAACUGGACACCAUCCCUGCAAAAAUAAUCAAGUCAAACAUUUCAGACCUGCGCACAUAUCUGGGUGCCUCAACCCCUGAUUUACAGUAACGUUUAUCACUUGGGGCGUAGAACGGGUGUUUUUCAGAGUCAGCCGUGUCAAUGGAGAGAAAAGUCUUGUGUAAACGGCUGACCCGGGACAAAUAGCAACGGAGGGUGAGGCCACAGUCUCACCACACCUCAGAAAUCAAGUUUAUAUUUUUUUAUAAAAUGCCAGGUCCUGCAGAAUGCAGUUGGAUUUUUUGGUGCAUGCGGCACAUCGACUGGCCAGCAGGAGGAGAUCUCACUCCAGUUUUUCAUAUUAAACAUCACAGGCGAUGAAGCUGCGUGCAUAUGCCGUUGAAACGACAUUGUUUUCACUUCACAAUAUCACUUUUAUUCUUCUGCACUAGAGAUACUUUAUAUUCAGCCCUGAUGGAACUUUCUAACAGAUCCACCUAAUUUUUUAAAGCGAUAUUUCAUCAUCAAAUUUUACUGCAUUUGGAUUGUGAACUUGAAGCAUGGACAUACAGUAUUUUCUGUGACACCCUCUUUUGUAAAAUUACAUUUAAAUUCAUUCCAUCAUGCUGAUAAAGUCCCACAAAAUGUUGAAGGCAAAGUCAUUUUCUGAGGCUCAUUUUUUAAUUCUCCAGAAAACUGUUUUCAAGACCUGAAGUCAAACUAAUUGAGUAAAGCAUAGACUGCUGAACAAAAAUGUGGUUUAAUUUUUAUAUUUUAUUAUUCAAAGUGGGGAAGAAGAAAAAGCUCUCCGAAAUCAUAUUUCUGCAUUGUGCCUUUCAUAUUAUAUGCUUCAAAUGCAAAUAAAAAGUUUUACCCAAGGUU